UUUUUCUUAGACCAUUCCACAUUCUAGCACAUUUCAUCUUCGAACUGUGUAAUUUUUUGAACAGGCAUCUCACCGUCUCUCAGUCUCCCACGAUGACCAACCAGACCGCAUGGGCAGAUGCGGCUUCAACGGUGACAUACAAUGUUCACCUAGGGACUUGGAUUAACUGGUCUCGGGGCCGUCUUAUGGGAGCAACACUUACCCUCAACCGUGUGGACGGAAGUCUUCUUAUAUCGUUUACUGCCGUCUUUGUUGGUAUAGUGGCUGGACGAUUUUGGCGCAUUGCUUGCAUAUUGUUCUAUAGAUGCUAUUCAUCUCCUGACCCGCGUGAUGCACUCUACCACCAGCAACAAGCAAUCCUGCGCAAUUCCAAUUCUGCAGUUUCCGCCAUCUGGACCUUUUCACAGCUGCUCUGGGCGUGGCAAAAUAUUGCUAAGCGAUGCUUCGUCCGGCUUCUACCUACAAUACUGACGGCUACACUGUGUCUAUGCGCUUUCACAGUUGCCGGAGGGUUCUCUUCAUCUAUUUCCUCUGGUAUUAGUGACGAAGUGCUAGUGAACGGCACCAACUGCGCUUCUAUCGUAACAACAUCAGCUGACCCGAAAUCCCGCCACUUUCUUGCCCCCUACGACUCGCAGUUAACUCAUGCUGCUGCGACAUAUGCACGGCAAUGCUAUUCUUCCGCGCCCGGUAAUUUUGACUGUACAUCUUUCGUUCGAAGUCAACUGGCCAGUACGGUUGAUAACCAAGCCGCUUGUCCUUUUCGUAACGCUAGUAUCUGUCGCAGCAACACCUCUAAUACACUGCUAGACACUGGAUAUAUCGAUCUAAAUAAGGACUUAGGCGUCAAUGCUCCACCAGACCAGAAUUUUCAGUUCAGAGCAGUUCUGCAUUGUGCGCCUUUAGAAACGCAAGGUUACACCGAAUCUAUAAGGGGGGCAUACACCAAUUUCACCACUUAUAAUUAUGGGCCUCGGUUUUCCGGCGUCGCAAAUUACACCCACAUGGUUGAGACCCUGCGAGCACAAUAUACUCGGCAGCCCGAGAAUAUCCUCCGUGGUGAGGGUAGAAAAUUUAUCUUGAGUGUCACGAGAAAUACAGUGUUCCAACACCAAGAUCAGAUGGAAAACGCGACCUUCGUUCCAAUUCCUGCACUCUUCCGUCCCGAUGGUGACACCGCCUUGAUUUUUCUCUCAGGUAAUGGGAUACAAUUCUUCGAAAAGUCCAACGACCCCUGGUACCGUGGGACUUUACCAGGUGAUAGAGCCGUCUCGCCCGGCGCAGAUGGGGAGAAUUCCUUAUAUAUCCCAGAAGAGGCAGCUUCGCCUAUGGGCUGUGUCCAACAGUUCCAGUUCUGCAACCCUUCGCUAUCAAGCAACAGCUGCUCACCGCUUGGCAGUUGGACCGAUGCACAACUUGAAGCGGCUCAUCUUUUCGGUAUAUCAAUAUCCGGCGAUGAUGAGCGGGAUAGUUUUGAGAACAAUGCUAUUGGUUCCCGAUACCAGUGGCUACUGACGAUCCUAGCAUCUGUGGACAUCAUUAGCGCCGUGAUAAAUAGCCUCGGCCCAGAUGCUUUGACUUCCAUGGACUCCCUCAGCAACGGGUUGAUGGGGCCCCUCCCGGAUGAUCAGUGGCAACAAGAUGUCAGCUUCUGGUGGGCUACAUACUUGGCAGGUAUACAAGCAGCAGUCGUCGAAGUUGCUCAUGGUCCUGCGAAUCCAGCAAUGGAUCCCUAUAAGAGGCUGCCGUUCAACUCGUAUGUGCAAGACAUGUGCAAUAACCAGAAGGUUCGCAGUACCACCUACAUAUCCUUCAGUCUCUUUGGGCUCUAUUUUACUUUCAUCACCGGGGUCCUGUUUAUUACCACCUCUUACACCUUAGAGCCCAUCUUCCAGUGCCUCUACCGCCGCCGGAAAUACAAGGAGUACACAUACCUCGAAUGGGCAGCAUCGGAAACACUUCAACUUCAGCGCAUCGGUUUUCAGGGGGCCGGAUUGGGUAUUUGGUCUGGCUACACGAAUAACGUCCCCAAGACAGAACCGGGCGAAAUCCUCGAAGGUCUAGCUUUGAAAUACCCUGCGGGUACAAAUAGCACAGAUGGCGAUUUCAAGACCCCGGAAAAGACGAGCAGUAAUGCGAACAGUGUAGUACAUGCAGCCAGUUCGGAUCAAGAGGCUGAGGAGGCCUCUUUGGAUGAGUUGCUCGGCACAUCAGGAUCUCAAGCCGAUGAGGAUCAAAGUCCUCCGAUUCAUCCUACCACCUCGCGAGUUAUUCUUGAAAGCAGAGAAACAAGCUCUACUUCAAUGGCCAAUUCUCGAACGGGUACAUGAAUGAUUCAAAAUUUGUUCAAGAGAGUGUGGCAAACUGGCUUCUGGGAUCGAGUCAAUAGAUUUUAAUGGAAAGGUAGAGAUUUUUAUACUUCAAUUGAGCUUUAGAUAUUGAUGAUCA